CUGUUGAUUGAGCUUAACUUGUAUUAAACUCGGAAUAUUCCUUUAAUAAGAAUGUUGAAAAAAGAAAAGAAAAAAACAGCAGGGGACGCUAAAAGACUUUUGUAAUGCAGUUUUGUAAUGCAGGACAUAAUAUUUGGAUAUACUCAAAAAUAUUUCAGCCUAUUUUUAAGAUUUAUGCAUUUCAAACAGUAGGCUAACAUUAGGCUUAUCUUUAACUAAAUUAAAUGAGUAAAACCUAAAAUUGUAUUAAUUUUUUUUUUUUCAAGAUUACUAAAUUCCAUUUGAUAGAAUGAUGUUAUUACAUUUAAAUGCGUAAAUCUUAAAAAUGGGAUAAAUAUAUUUUGAGUGAUUCAGACAACCUAUAGCAAGCUACGAUGUUUCAUAAUACAGCCAUAAUAGAAUAUAAGCCUAUGAAACAUCGUGGGUUGCUAUAGGUUAUCUGAAUAUGAAAAUACCCAUAUAGCAUUGUAUAUGUUCAGACCUUUGUAUUCCUGAACAAAUAUUACUUUAAUUUAAUAUUUAAAUAUUAAAUUAAGGAAAUUUCGUUGAAUGAUCCUACUUCUGAUGAAAUAGUAGUCUCUUUAGGCCUAGUAUCUGUUGAUACUUCUACAAGUAUGUUUUAACAGUUUAAUUUUAGAUUCUUAAAGGUGUUAAGAUGCGAGGGCUUUGAAGAUACUAAAAGAAAAAAGUACACACAAGGCUGAUAAGCAUUUGACUGACGUGGCUAAACCAACCCUCAAACUUGUCACCCAAUAGCCUGCAAAGGGGUGGGGUAGUGAAGAGCAUUUAAAAGUACCUCAUUCAAACUCCCUGUUCACUGGACUCUUAAGCUUCUGUUUAAGGCACUUAGUCUGAACAACAAAAGUCGGAAACAUGGUUGAGUGGACAGAGUUUGAGCGGAACACCAUCCAGGACAUCUUCUCCAAGAUGAACUACGAAGUCGUUGGUCCCCAAGCUCUGGCAAGAUGUCUUAUUGUGUACCCCUGGACCCAGCGGUACUUCGGUAAUUUUGGAAACCUGUACAACGCCGCUGCUAUCAUGGGAAACCCCAUGGUUGCAGCUCACGGUAAAGUUGUCCUUAAUGGCCUUACCCAAGCUGUGAAGAACAUGGACAACAUCAAAGGCACCUAUGCCGAGCUAAGUGUGCUGCACUCUGAGAAGCUCCACGUAGAUCCUGACAACUUCAGGCUUUUGGCUGACUGCUUAACCGUCGUUGUUGCUGCUCAACUGGGAGCAUCAUUCACACCUAAUGUCCAGGCGGCUUUCCAGAAGUUCCUCGCUGUUGUGGUUUCCUCUCUCGGAAGACAGUACCACUAGAGGCAAACUUUGCUUUCACUGAUACACAGAGGACCAUCUUAUGUUUCAACAUAAUAAUUUGUUCUUCUGAAUAAAAGCAAAUAUAUGU